GCCACGUAUUAAGGCACUAUAUAUAACUCAUUGAUGUUCUGUACUAGAAUCGACAAGCCCCUCUCUCUUCUCUCUCCUCAAUAUUCAAACCAUGGAUAUGAACGGCGAUCAACCGCCGCUGAUCUGGCCGCAGUUUGAAUCUACCGGAUACACUCGCCGGCGAUCACAUAUUCCGACGGUUAUAGUUCCAGCGAUGAUCGGAAUGGUCUCAGCAGCUAUGUUUCUUCUGUUUACGACCUUUGUCCUCCCUCCCUUUCUUUCCGUCACAUCUCAGAUUCUUCAGCCAGCUUCGGUGAAGAGAGGAUGGGAUUCAAUCAACGUGGUUUUAGUAGUUUUCGCGAUCCUCUGCGGCGUACUCGCCAGACGAAACGACGAUGGAUCGUCUCCGUCUUCACACGGCCAAGAAGAAGAAGAAGAAACCGUCACGGGCGCUGGUGAAGAGACUACGAUCUCUUCCACGUCGGGGGUUUCGCAUGAGUGGUUUGAUGACGUGUACGACGCUGAUAGGCUAAAGAUCUACGAGAGUUUCAGCAGUCGAAGUUUCACGCCUGGUUUACCGGUUACCGGAACCGUACCGUUGAGGCGUAGCAGUACGUCGUAUCCUGACCUUAGAAACGGAGUCCUCAGAAGAAGCGAUGACCGGCGGUUCCGGUUCUACGAUGAUUUCGAAAUCGACAAGUACCGAUCGCAAUCAACGGUGGGGAUUGACGAACGGUUAGAGAGUCGUUCUAAAACAGAAAUCGAAGAAUCUGAACCUAAGGAGAUUCAUGUUGAUAAGUUCGUUGUAAGACCGUCUUCUCCUGCUCCGCCGCAACAAACACCGGAACCACCACCGCCUAAUCCUCCACCUCCGGUUGAAGUUGUGCAGAAACCGAGAAGGACUCAUCGUUCCGUUAGAAACAGAGAUACUCAAGAAAAGCACACUAAUCCUGAUUCAACCAGAUUUAAACGAACGUUACGGCCUCCGCCGUCACCACCUCCGCCUCCACCUCCUCCACCACCUGUAACCGCCACGCCACCGAGGACACUUCAGCGGAGAAAAAGCAAUGCGGCGAAAGAGAUUAAAAUGGUGUUUGCUUCUCUGUAUAACCAAGGAAAGAGGAAGAAGAAGCAUCAGAAACAUAAGAGAAAGGAGACAACCGAGUCUCCGGUGGUGGUGGUGGAGAUGGAACCACCGCAAUACCGAUCGUCAGUUCCACCACCGUCUCCGCCGCCACCUCCACCACCUCCUCCGCCUCCGCCGCGAUCGUCACAGUCAGUGUUUUACGGAUUGUUCAAGAAGGGAGUGAAGAGCAAAAAGAUUCACUCAAUCCCGGCGCCGCCGCCUCCACCUCCGCCGCCGAGGAUGACACAGCUGGCUCCUCCUCAGACACCACCGCGGAGAGUGAAAUUCGGUAGACCUCCGCGUCCGACGAAACCGACAAGUUUCAAUGAAGAGAGCUACCAAGGAUCUCCGUUGAUCCAAACCACGCCGCCUCCACCUCCGCCGCCUCCUUUUCGCGUUCCGCCGCUAAAAUUCGUGGUGAGUGGUGACUUCGCGAAGAUACGGAGCAAUCAGAGCUCAAGGUGUAGCUCACCUGAACGAGAAGUGAUUGAUGUUGGUUGGGGUCUAGAACUCACACAAUCUGACGGCAGAGAAGAAAGCAACGCCGCUGUAAAUAGCGGUGGCGUCGGGCCGGGGUUCUGUCCAAGCCCUGACGUUAACACGAAAGCCGACAACUUCAUCGCCAGGCUAAGAGACGAGUGGAGGCUUGAUAAGAUGAACUCUGUCAAAGGGAAAAGGAACAUGAGCUCUGUGUAAGGACCAUUAUGAAACCGACAUAGUUUUUCCUCCUUUUCAGAUUUUGCCUGCCCUGCAAGCUACGCACAAGUACACGAUCCAUUCAAGAAAACUUUUUAAAGCAAAGCAAAUGGGUAAAGAUGUGGUUGGAGAUGGUUCAUAUGGCAGAGACAAUCAUCACUCGAAUAUCAAGUUACGGGUAAUACGGGUAAUAUUGGUGUUACCGGUAAAGUAUAUAGCCUAGAACCGGGUGGUAUUUUUGAGUUUAACCGAUGGUGGGCCUUUUGUUUUGGUGUGUUUGAUUUUAAAUUUUCGGUUUGGAGUUUCCGAUUAAAAGUAUAACUUGGUGGUGUUAGAAAUGUUGCUAGUUGUUGUGAUUGUAUGUAUGGGCCAGUGAUUUGGAAAUAUAGUUGUGGGCUCUUAAUAUUUUUGGGCCUACUUCUUGUGACC